AUGGCUUUUACUUCGGCCUUCGUAAUUUCCAUAGUGUUUAUUAGUGAGCUUGUCUUUGUCUGUCAUUCAAAUAAUCCAGUUUGUGAAUCAGGGUAUCCAAAGGAUGAAAUCCCAGUGUACAAAGAAGACAGAGACUACGUGCAUUUUGCACAGAAUUUGGAGUACUUGGAAGCAGAAUAUUUUUUAUGGGCUUCCUUUGGGCAUGGUCUUGAUGUUAUGGCACCAUAUUUAACAAAGGGAGGACCCCCUCCGGUUGGUGGCCAAAAAGCAAAUCUUGAUCCAUUCACAAAGAGCAUUAUAGUGGAAUUUGGCUGCGAAGAAAUGGGCCAUCUAAGGGCAAUUAACGAAGUAAUGGGCGGCAUUCCUAGACCUUUACUGAAUCUUACCGCUGAAAACAUUGGAAAAAUAUUUAAUGCAGCAUUUGAAUACAAACUGGAGCCCCAUUUGAUCCCUACAGGGAUAGCUUGA